GUUAGGGGCACCGUAGGUUUCCCGGACCUUUUAGGCGGAGCUAGUAGCCUAGUCCGCCCAAAUUCCAUCUGUUUGGGAAUAAAACCACUGGAAAGAUCACAGAAAAAGAUGAAAUGUUUAUUCGUUAGUGGUUCUGCUGACGAGGGAAGGAGAUUUGAUCUAAAUUCAACGAGAAGCAUUUUUGCUCUGCGGAAAUCACACGUAGCCAGAAAACCGUUAGUUUCAGAUAGACAGCUGGCAGGCUUGCGGGUCGGCAAACCCCUUUGUCACUUUUCCCAAACUCGCUGUGCCGUUUGAUUUAGAAGCAAGAGAAGGGUCCAGAUUUAGAUCGUUUGGUCCGGACUCCCACUGAAACUAUGGCUGGCUCAGAGGGAAACAAAUUAUGGGGUGGAAGGUUUGUCGGGGAUACUGACCCCAUUAUGGAAAAGUUUAACGCUUCGAUCGCUUUCGACCGAAGAAUGUGGAACGCCGACAUUCAAGGCAGUAAAGCUUACGUGAAGGCGCUGGAAAGAGCCGAGCUCGUCAGCGAAAGAGAGAUGGAGGAUAUUUUGCAGGGACUCGACAAGGUGUCGGAGGAGUGGGCCAAGGGCACGUUUGAGGUCAAACCCGCGGAUGAGGACAUUCACUCAGCCAACGAGCGCAGACUGAAGGAGCUGAUUGGUUCAGCCGCGGGAAAGCUGCACACAGGAAGGAGCCGGAACGACCAGGUGGUGACAGACAUGAGGCUUUGGAUGCUUGAUGCAAUCUCAACCCUGAAGGAUGACAUCAUACAGCUCAUCAACACCAUGGUGGAGCGUUCUGCUGCGGAGAUCGACGUCCUGUUUCCUGGUUACACCCACAUGCAGAGGGCCCAGCCAAUCAGGUGGAGCCACUGGAUCCUAAGUCACGCGGUUCCCCUGACCAGAGACACUGAGAAACUGGAGGAGAUUCGGAGACGGGUGAACGUCCUGCCCCUGGGAAGUGGAGCUAUUGCUGGGAACCCAUUCGGAAUCGACCGCGAGUUCCUCCGUGCAGAGCUCAGUUUCGAUGCGGUCAGCAUAAACAGCAUGGAUGCAACGGGACAGAGAGACUUUGUAGUGGAGUUCCUGUUCUGGGGUUCUCUGUGUCUCACUCACCUCAGUAAGAUGGCGGAAGACCUGCUCCUGUACAGCACCAAGGAGUUCUCCUUCGUCACGCUCUCCGACGCAUACAGCACCGGCAGCAGUUUGAUGCCUCAGAAGAAGAACGGUGACAGUCUGGAGCUGAUCCGCAGCAAAGCGGGCCGGGUGUUCGGGAGGUGCGCAGGGUUUCUGAUGACACUGAAAGGACUCCCCAGCACCUAUAACAAAGACUUACAGGAGGAUAAGGAGGCCAUGUUCGACUGCUACGACACCAUGCACUCCGUCCUGCAGGUGACCACUGGGGUCAUGUCCACUCUCAAGAUCAACCCCAGUGUCAUGCAGGCGGCUCUCAGCCCAGACAUGCUGGCCACCGAUCUGGCCUAUUACCUCGUGCGGAAGGGGGUUCCAUUUCGGGAGGCACACGGCUGCUCUGGGAAAGCCGUGUUUCUGGCCGAAUCCAAGAACGUCUCCCUGAACCAGCUGAGCCUGGAGGACCUGCACACAGCCAGCCCGCUGUUUGCUGAUGACGUGUCUGCGGUGUGGGACUACACCAGCAGUGUGGAGCAGUACAGCGCCCCCGGUGGCACAGCCAAGAGCAGCGUCUCAGCGCAGAUCCAGCACAUUCGCAGCUGGCUCACAAAGCACAGGCAAUGAGCCUGAGGCCCCCUGUAACCCCCCCCUCACCCCCCAUUACCCUGUGCUGGACAAGAUCUGGGGGGGGGCGGGGCGUUAGAAUAUAUGCUUGGGGGGAGGGAGAGUUGGUUGGGGGUGUUUUUGAUCGGUUUCUAAUGAUUUCAUUGGCUGAUCGAGGGGAAAAGGUGUUUUCUCUGUGUAAAAUGUGCAAUGCAUGCCAAGAUAUGAAAUAUUAUUUCGCGUGUGCCUUGUCUGUACCUUGAAGCUUUCAGCCGCUGAGAUCUCAAAUCAUAAUGAGCUCCUGUGUUACUGCAGUGCCACCUGCUGCUUCAGAGAGGGUACUGCGCUCACACUGAAACCAACCCUGAAACGGUGACUUGAUUUCUUUGUACAGGUCUGGCAGUGUAGUGCAGUGUAGUGUAGUGUCGACCAAUCAGAGGGGAGAAAACUCCAGUUGGUGAAGACUGGUAACCUAUAAACACCUGGAAGGCCUAAAAUAAUCCAAUACGGUGUUCCUGUGCAAGUAGACAGGGGGUGCUGUUGCAGCAGUAACAUGUGGAACACUGGCUAACUUGCGACUCUGCAGGACCAGGGUUGAGGACCACAGAAGAUGUACACCUGGGGUGCACUAAUUUUUUCAACAAUGACCCAAAUAUAUCAGUCUAUGCUUUUUGCUACUCAAGCUGAUGUCAUUUUCAUUAAUAACAAUUAGCCUACUUGAUAAUUAAUUGUUAAACUGCUGACAGUAGCCAUAUUUUUAGUACCUAAAAGCUAAAUAUAAGGAGAAAGUUUCUGAAAUUAGAGUGGCAGUUAACCCCAGAAAGCACAGUGAAGUUAACAGAAUUUAAGGCUGUAUCAAUGAAGUGCAAGGCUACCAGACAGGUAACCGAAGGAAACACAUUUAUUCUCAUUAACGUUAAAGUCCUUGUCAGUGAGUCUCUUUUUAAUGGGCGGUAUCAGCCACUUGUCCAGUUUCCAGUGGUACACUUUAAACAAAUUUCCAAUGCUAAUAUUUCUGUAUAUUGCUAAUAUUUCAACACGGCCAUUAUUUCAAUAAUCUUACAGAUUUUUUUUGAUGUCAAAAGCACAAAACGACUGGAUCGGCACUCUCCUGCACUGUAAAAGUGAAAAAGUUGAGAACUCAAAAUUCAAGGAAAUUCUGUAAGUUUUGAGCUUAAUUUAGAUUUUCAAGUUAUUAUGCCAGCUUGAUUGAUUGAUGUUAUUUCGUUCAGAAAACUUAAAAUUUCAUUGUUAGAAAAACUUAAAGUUGAGUUUUCCUAACAAUUAAAUGCUCAUUUUCUGAAGUAAUGAAUGACAAUUGGUAUAACUUGAACUCAGAAUUUUAACUUCAGCACAAAACAAAAAAAAAUAUUUUUAAAGCAUGGAAUGCCGUAGGAAUGAUGUCAACAUUAAAGCUGCAUCUACGUGAUCACAGGAAAUACACUAUCAAACGCAAACAAUAAAAAUGUGUUUUAACUGGU